ACUGUGUCACGUGACGGGUGCGCCGGACGUUGGCUCCUCCCUCACCAAGAUGGCGUCCUUGCUGCAGUCGGAGCGGGUUCUCUAUCUCGUCCAAGGAGAAAAGAAGGUUCGGGCCCCGCUCUCACAGCUCUACUUCUGCCGCUACUGCAGUGAGCUUCGAUCGCUGGAAUGUGUGUCACACGAGGUGGACUCUCAUUAUUGUCCCAGCUGCUUAGAAAACAUGCCAUCAGCUGAAGCCAAAUUAAAAAAGAAUAGAUGUGCCAACUGCUUUGACUGUCCUGGAUGCAUGCACACCCUCUCCACCCGAGCUACAAGCAUCUCCACACAGCUUCCAGACGACCCAGCCAAAACCACUAUGAAGAAAGCCUAUUACUUGGCCUGUGGAUUUUGUCGAUGGACAUCUAGAGAUGUGGGCAUGGCAGACAAAUCUGUAGCUAGUGGUGGUUGGCAAGAACCAGAAAAUCCUCACGCACAACGGAUGAACAAGUUGAUUGAAUAUUACCAGCAGCUUGCUCAGAAGGAAAAGGUUGAACGAGAUCGCAAGAAACUGGCACGGCGAAGAAAUUAUAUGCCUUUGGCUUUUUCGCAACACACUAUUCAUGUAGUGGACAAGUACAGCCUUGGGACCAGGCUUCAGCGACCACGAGCUGGUGCAUCCAUUAGUACACUUGCCGGACUUUCCCUUAGAGAAGGAGAAGACCAGAAGGAGGUAAAGAUUGAGCCCGCUCAGGCCGUCGCUGAAGUGGAGCCUCUGCCUGAAGACUAUUACACACGACCAGUGAACCUGACAGAGGUGACCACCCUUCAGCAGCGCCUCUUACAGCCUGACCUGCAGCCUGUCUCAGCCUCGCAGCUGUAUCCUCGACACAAGCACCUUCUGAUCAAACGGUCCCUGCGCUGUCGGAAAUGUGAACACAAUUUGAGCAAGCCAGAAUUUAAUCCAACAUCUAUCAAAUUCAAAAUCCAGUUGGUUGCUGUCAAUUAUAUUCCAGAAGUGAGAAUCAUGUCGAUCCCCAAUCUUCGCUACAUGAAGGAGAGCCAGGUCCUCUUGACUCUUACAAAUCCAGUGGAGAACCUCACCCAUGUAACUCUGCUGGAGUGCGAAGAGGGGGACCCUGAUAACAUCAACAGCACUGCUAAGGUGGUGGUGCCUCCCAAAGAGCUCAUCUUAGCCGGCAAGGAUGCAGCAGCAGAGUACGAUGAGCUGGCAGAGCCCCAGGACUUCCAGGAUGACCCUGACAUUGUAGCUUUCAGAAAAGCCAACAAAGUAGGCAUCUUCAUCAAAGUCACCCCACAGCGUGAGGAAGGGGACGUGACCGUGUGCUUCAAGAUGAAACAUGAUUUUAAAAACCUGGCUGCCCCCAUCCGCCCUAUGGAAGAAAGCGACCAGGGCACAGAAGUCAUCUGGCUCACUCAGCAUGUGGAACUGAGCUUUGGCCCUCUUCUUCCUUAAAACAAAGCUACCUGGUGGGCAGAUCCCACCCAGCCAUGUCACUACAGCUCUCAACAGUGUGGAAGCUGCUGCUUCAUCAGACAUGUUUAUAAAGAUGUACUACUGAAUCCUGUGGAGUGGAGGCAGGCCAGGGGUCGGAGCACAGGGUGACUGCUGUUGACACCAGUAAGCCUGUGUCUCUCUGAGCCCUGCACAUUGAGUAUCAGCAUCGUUCCAUCACAGUAAAGGAGUAGCUGUUCCAUGGAGGGCAUUGUAUUUACUCGCUAAGAAACGUGCUGUGCGCCUGUCACAGUUUGCAGAAAGCCUUAGGGUGGUAAUCCAGAGCAGACCUUGUCUUUGUGCCGCAGCUUUGGUCUCGGCGUUCCAACGGCUUUCUGUAUGCCGUUAAGGAUAACCCUGAAAUCAUAACCCUUCACUGGCCUUGGCCUUGGCUCUCACUUUGCCGAUGAUUUCCAUUUGACAGAGCAGUAGGACUGUCAUUGUGUCUCUAACCUAGUGAUGGCAGGGCAACCUGUCACUUUCCUAAGGCACUCUGUCUCUUCCAAAGGAACACAGUAUACCUGUCACUUGCUUGUCAUUUUCCUCAUUAGUAUAUGGGACUUUUAAGUAAGAAUUUGAAUGGCAAGCAAUUACAUGUCAUGAAAUUCAUUUGUUUUAAUAUUACCACAAUACCCAGGGGCUAAGGCUGCCUGCCACAGGGAGACAAACUUUAUGAAUCUCACUAUCUGCCCUCCUCUGUUCUGUUUGUUUGUUUGUUUGUUUGUUUGUUUUUCAGAUAGGCUCGCUCCGUGUAACUCUCGCUGGCCUGAACUCAACCUGCUAGGACUAAAGAUCCUUGCAACAUGUCCAGCUCGCUGCCCUGUUCUAUAAAUCAAGAAAUUGCUCUAACGUUGGGGCUUUUAGAAAGAGCUGGGACAGUUUAUAUGGACACUUUGCUGCAUCACUUCUGGAAUGCAGAAAACAUUUUAAACUAACUUUUAGCAUGAUCCAAACUAAUGUUCUUUCUGCUGAAUUGAAGGAAAAAUUAACUGUCAAUCCCUUAAAUUUAAAACUGGACACAAAGAAAAAGAACCUUUCCCUUAAUGAAUAUAAGACUUCUUGUGCUGUUGUGUGAAGUGAGACCAUUGUGAUUGUAAGCCAUAGAAGUUCAGCAAGUAGCCAGGAUGUCAGCCUGAACCUAGACUUGCUGAUUUUCUCAAAUACUGACAUUGAGUUGUUUUCUAAAAUCAGAGUUGACAGAGUAGACCAGUUGCACUUUUCCUUAAAGUACUCCUAGUACAUGGCCAACAGACCUUGGAAGAAAAAGUUCCUGUUUACAAAUCCUGCUUUGGUUUUCAUUUUAAGUCUCUGGGGGUUUUAUUUUGUAUUAAGGAAUAUAUAGUCUGGACUAAAGAUAGAAUAGCCUUUGUUAGUUUCACCUAAGAAGAAAACACUUAGGUAGCUGUUGAAAGACACUUUGUUCUUUGAAGAUCUUAAGAUCAAGCCAAUUUUAUGAAACAAUAUUCCCACAGAGUAAUAUACAUAUGUACUAGAAUAUAAGAAGAAAACACUGAUCUCUAAUACUAUGGGAACAAUAAUGUUUGCCUCUUAGAAGCUGGAGCUGAAAGUUGGGUAAUUACAAGUUUCAAACUAUAGAAAGAGUGGUUUUCUGCAACUCCACAAGGCCUACUAUGAAGCCACUAUUCAGGGUCUUGGGGGUGGGGGAGGGGCACACAUCAAAGUGCAGAUAGCCUCAGUUGACCACAUAAUGUGGAGACUGGCACAGUUGUCUCUUUGUCUGUAUGCCUUUAUGCAGUGACAUUGAUACUUCUUCCCUAGGAAAACAUUGAAGUAAUGGGGCUCUUCACUCCUGUGGGAUAAACACAAAAAACACUUGUGGGUUGGUUUUUUUGGGGGGGGGUUUGUUUUUCAAGAAGUUAACUUAAAAAUAUCAGUUCUACACUGUUUCAAGGUAAGUUUAGUGCAAGCUGGUCUUGUUUGUGUUCUUAGGAAAGGUUCGACACCUGCAGGUGGUGAAUUAGGAAUUGUGGCUGUCACUUUUUGUAUUAGAUGAGGUGCAGGGUUUCUAUUACUAGUCAGUGUGCACCAAGACACAAGACAAGAGUCAGGCGUCCUUAGCACUUGAAACUACAAUUUUGGAUGCUUACUGCUAAGUUACUUUGGGUUUGUGAGUUGAUUCACACUCAAACAAAUUUUUUGUUUGUUCCAAAUACAUGUUACAAGCAUACUGCACUAAAUACCCUUGCGUCUUUGUAAUGAGCAUCCUUCUUGGUGGGUGAGAGGCACUCCUUGACUUAAAUAACAGGUUACUGUUUUGCCUUAUUGCUUAAUAUAGUGAAAUAAAGCAGACAAAGCCCAA